AACUCUUUAAAUACCCAAGUCAUCUGCCACAACAAAACAUUCCGCUGACAGCCAGUUCACGGUUGGAGCAGAAAAGAGCUUUUUGCUGACACAGACGCUAAAUCCACGUCUUAAUACUUUAAAUAUUAGAUACUUUCGUUAAAAACCUAAGGAUUUUUAUAAGGGCGCAGCGGGUGAGACGGAGUGCAGGAAAAAAAAAAAAAAAGAUGGCUGUGUAGUCAAAGAGACGAGCCCCAACAAAACUGUGUGUAAGCGCAGCUUUAAACGCCGUCAGCUGCCGUGGGCCUUGUAAACAGUCAGCCGGUACCGGGGACUUUAACCGCUGCUGCCAUAACGUCUAACGGCGUCGAGCAGCAACUGACGGACGGUUGAGCCGUUUUUGUUCUGCCUGAGCGACAGAGGAUCUGCUGUUAGCCGCAUAGUCUGCUAGCUUCACUGUAAGUGAACAAAACGAGUUAACAUUUGUUUAACGUUUACUUGUUUAGAGCUGAAUGUAGCAGUAAGAAAGUGCGAGUUAGUUACUCGGCAUUCCUUUCUGACGUCCUGCUUUCGUACCGUUAGCUAGCUAGUUAGCUAGCCAGUAGCUGUCAGCUGACCGUUAGCUUGACGGGUUUAGGUUCAGGCUAGCUUGCUAAUAUUUUGGGCUUAGUCGUCGACGCCGCCGCGGGUUCAUCAUCGCCGACGUUUGUAGGCAGCCAUCGCCAUGUCGUCAAUGGAAGAGAGAGACGUGGGCGUUGCGGCCCCUGGCUCCUCCUCGGCCGGCCUGGGGGUCGGGGCCGUGGGGGCAGCGAUGGACGUUGUCGCCGGCGUAGCGGCCAUGCAGGAGGAGGUCGGGAUGCGGCGAGAAGGGCCCGAACCUGACCCAGACGAGCCUCUCAAGAAGAGGGCGAAAGUUCCCGAAGGGGAGUCUGGAAAGCUGGAGGAGAGACUGUACUCAGUGCUGUGCUGUACCGUGUGCCUAGACUUGCCCAAGGCGUCUGUAUACCAGUGUACCAACGGGCACCUGAUGUGUGCAGGGUGUUUUAUCCACCUCUUGGCUGAUUCUCGACUCAAGGAGGAGCAGGCCACAUGUCCCAACUGCAGGUGUGAGAUCAGCAAGAAUCUGUGCUGCCGGAACCUUGCCGUGGAGAAAGCCGUCAGCGAGCUGCCGACGGAGUGUACCUUCUGCCUAAAACAGUUCCCUCGCUCCAGUUUAGAAAGACAUCAGAAAGAGGAGUGCCAGGACAGGGUAACACAAUGCAAGUACAAGAGGAUUGGCUGCCCGUGGCAGGGUCCGUUCCACGAGCUGCCAGCGCACGAGAACGAGUGCUCCCAUCCCACUAAGACUGGCACCGAGCUGAUGGGAAUCCUGGGAGAAAUGGACCAGAACCACCGCAGGGACAUGCAGCUGUACAACAACAUCUUUACCCUGCUGUGCUACGAGAAGAUCGGUUUUACAGAGGUGCAGUUCAGGCCGUAUCGCACUGAUGACUUCAUCACUCGCUUGUACUAUGAAACGCCACGCUUCACCGUCCUCAACCAGACGUGGGUGCUGAAGGCCCGCGUGAAUGACUCUGAGCGCAACCCCAACCUGUCCUGCAAGCGCACACUGUCCUUCCAGCUCAUCCUCAAGAGCAAGGUGAAUUCUGCCCUGGAGUGCUCAUUCCUGCUGUUGAAGGGGCCGUACGACGACGUGCGGAUCAAGCCAGUCAUCCACCAUCACUCCUUCAGCAACGAUGCCAACGAGACCGACUAUGUUCCGCUUCCCAUCUCCGACUCGGUGGAGUGCAACAAACUGCUGGCCGCUAAAAACAUAAACCUGCGACUCUUCAUUUUCCAAGUCCAAAAGUAAGAAGAGGAAGGAGGAGGAGCAGGAGGAUGGAAGCGGCGAGGGC